GCAUGGUAUAUUCUUAUCGUGGCAUCGCUAAUAUUGAUAAUGUUUGAUGGGUCAUUUGUUGUUUCGGGAGUUCCUUCAGGUUCUUAUAUUGUGGAAAUUUCAAAUGUUGAGUAUGCUUUUGAACCAGUGCGAGUUGAUAUUAGUUCGAAAGGUAAAAUAAGAGCGAGACGAUUGAAUUUACUACAGCCAUCACUAGUGUCCUCAGUUCCAUAUCCACUGCGCUUAAAUGCGUUACACCGAAUUAACUAUUUUCGGCCUAGGGAAGAAUGGCAUUUAACGGAUAUGCUUACUAAUCCGAUGGUAUUAAUGAUGGUUGUACCUCUUGUUCUGCUUGUUGUUUUACCAAAACUUGUCAAUGCGAAUGAUCCUGAACUAAAAAAGGAAAUGGCUAGAAGUAUGCCGCAAAUGGAUGUUCCAGAUGUUUCAGAAAUGUUGACUUCGUGGCUAGGAGGUAAUCCGAAGAAGCCAAGAAAGUCUGGAGCUGGAAACAAAAAACGACAGUAG